AUGGAGCGUCAACAAACUAUCGAAUUAGUGUUAGAGAAGCGUGAGACGCUCUUGAAGAGCGUUUCGGACACGCUUAACCAUAACGAUGCCUGGCCAACAGUGCUGGCGCAAGCCGAGCCCGGCGCCCCCGCGCGCCUGCCGCCCCCGCGUUGGGCGCAUUCACAGGAACCGCUCCAUCUAACGUCGGAACUACAUGAGGACCUCGUAACUCAAGCCGAGUCGAUCCUCAGGAAACUCCUCGUUGAUAACAACUAUGACUCCGUCAGCAACCUCAUCUCGCUGUACGAUCGUUGGGAAAAGAAGAAAACUUCUCUAUACACUAUGUUUGAAGACUACGCUCCGCCAAUUAAGAGGGGAAAGCACACGUGCGUCGGUUUGGGAAUGGGGUUAGUACAAAAAUUAAGACCACUAAACAAGCAGUUUCCUGGUCUAGAAACAGCUAUAGCUUUGAUAUCGUGUGAGGAAGCAGUGGUGGAUAUUCGGGAUUACGUGAUGAUGGGAGAAGGUCCAGCUUCGGUGGAACAUGCGGAAAAAGAACAUGUGAUGGUUGGGAUACAAGUUGUGAUAGACGGACGCCCGGGCAUCAUGCUUGCAGAUCCUGGCUACCACGUUGCUAGAAUCAUUACUGUAAUGGCUGAUCGUGCGUAUCCACAUACUGGCUGGUUCACAAAAUCUGAGGAGCCGCACUGCACAAAGGAGUACGAGUAUAGCUUUAAUCCAAACAACAGCAACUACGUAGAGUGGCAUGAGCGCGUCACGCGAGGAACCUCCGUUAAGUACCAGACCUCCCUCAUAUAUGCUGCUCAGCCUUACCUGGACAGCAUUCAAGUCACUGAAAAACGCAACUUGGUCUAUAAUUUUAGGAGUCUACUCGCUCGCGAUCCCAAAGGCAAUCUAGUCGCCGGCAUCUACUUUCCCAUAGGACAACACAACAAAGACGCCUCCUUCACUUUAUUCUCCGACAGGGGAUCCGAGAAGAGACGAACAAAGUACAAAUUCAGUGCCUUCACAGAUCCAGAUAAUAUAAAUCCAACAGUGAGAGAGGAGAUAGAGCGAUGCAGUGUGCAAAUGAGGUAUAAAAAACGAGCACUUUUAGGCGUCAUCAUGAAACUCACGAAACUUCUCAAUAAUGAGGCCUUCAUUAACCAAAUGUUGGAUAUCAACGAUGAAAUCUGCCGAAUGUCUUUA